AAAUAAACCUGAUACUUAAUAGAAUUAAUAAAAAGCCAUUUGAUUAAUAAUAGUAUCUUUUACUUAUCUACAUAAUACAUGUAUAUAGAUGAUGAAAACCUAGCAGUCGUUAUUGAUAACGGAUCAGGAUCGUGCAGAGUCGGUUUGUCUUGGUAUGAAAUUCCAAUUUACUGCUUCCCUGCAGUUGUAGGAAAACCAAAAGAUGAAGGAAUGAUUGGUAAGGACAGCAAAGAUGUCUACGUUGGUGAUGAGGCUUUAGCUAAGAGAGGAUUAUUAAAAAUAUAGUCCCCAUUUCAGAAUGGCCUUAUAAAAAAUUGGGAAGACAUGGAAAGUAUUUGGAAUCAUGCUUUCUUCAAUGAAUUAAGAAUCAAUCCAAAAGAUCAUCCAGUUCUUCUGACUGAACCAAUGUUCUUCUAAGAAUCCAGCAGAGAGAAAGCUACAUAAGUCUUUUUUGAAACAUUCAAUGUACCAAAGUUUUAGGUUCAUAACGAAGCAUUGUUGGCUCUCUAUAGUUUUGGAAGAACCACAGGUUUUGUAGUAUAAAGUGGAGAAAGUUGUACAUACACAAUCCCAAUCAUUGAGGGCUAGGUUAUUUCAUAUGCUGCUCUUAGAAUUUGCUUGGCAGGAAAUGCUUGCACAGAAUAUUUUGUUAGGAUCUUGAAUGAAUUGGAAAUUUCAUUAGAAUCACCUACUGAUAUGAAAAUUGCCAGAGACAUGAAAGAGAAAUUAUGCUAUGUUGCUCUUAAUUAUGAAGAGGAAAUGAAGAUAUAUAAGGAAAGUAAGGCAAAAAACAAACCCUAUGAGUUACCAGAUGGAAACAUACUUGUAAUCGAAGACCAAAUGUUUCGAUGUCCUGAAUUGCUCUUCAAACCAAAAUUAAAUGGUUUUGAAGUUGGAGGAAUAUAUGAAUUAACAUACAACUAAAUUUAAAAAUGCCCACAAGAAAGUAGAAGAGAUAUGUAUGAAUUUAUAAAUUUACAUCUUAGUUAUAGAUCUAUUUUCCUGUCAGGAGGUACUACGUUGUUCCCAGGAUUCAAAUAAAGAUUUGAGAGAGAAUUAGAUAAAAUUGUACCAUCAUAAAUGAAGAUCAAAGUCGAUGCCAGCCCUGAGUCAAGAUACUUACCCUGGAUAGGUGGAAAAAUUCUUUCAUCACUCGUCCCUUUCUAAAAUUAGUGGAUCACAAGAAGCGAAUACGAUGAAAAUGGUCCAACCAUUGUUCAUAGAAAGCGUUGA